AGGGCGAGGGAGCAAGUCUCUCAUUCCUUUUGCUGGAGUCCCGCUUUAAAGCCACGCGCGCGCGUACACAACGCAAGCGCAGAAGAAGACUUGCCCUUGCCCACCUCCUCCUCCUCCUCCUCCUCCUCCGCCGCCGCGCGCUUCACACCCCUCAUCUCCUCGCGGCAAUGGCCACCGCACCGUGCGCUCCCCAAUGAUUGCUGCUCCACUCCGACGACCGAUCGCCAUUGCCGCGCAAGCAGGUUGUGUUACUAGCUUGCUGUCGCUUAGGUAGUUUUGUGUUUUAGCUUGGUUCACACGAUGACCAACGAAAACAAUGGCAACGGCACGAACCCCGCGUCGGCGAGCGGCUGGCUAGGCUUCUCGCUGUCGCCUCACAUGGCUUCCGCCAUGGACGAACACCAGCACCAGCACCAGCACCAUAAUGGCCUCUUCUUCCCUUCCGUCACCGCGGCAUACGGCCUCGGUGGCGGCGACGGCGUGGUGGCCGCCAGCGCGUCGCCGUACUACACGCCGCAGCUGGCGUCCAUGCCGCUGAAGUCCGACGGCUCCCUCUGCAUCAUGGAGGCGCUCCGCAGGAGCGACCAACAGGAUCACCACGGGCCCAAGCUGGAGGACUUCCUCGGCGCGGCGGCGCAGUCGCAGGCCAUGGCGCUGAGCCUGGACAACCCCGCCGCCGCCGCCUCCAGCUUCUACUACUACGGCGGCGGCGGCGGUCCGGGGCACCAGCACGGGUUCCUGCAGCCGUGCGGCGACCUGUACGGCGGAACCUCGGCCGCGUCCCUGGUGUCCGCGGACGACGAGGCGGCCGCCGCGACGGCCAUGGCGAGCUGGGUGGCGGCGGCGCGCGCCGAGAGCGGCGUGCUGUCCGCCGCCGCAGCCGCGGGGCACCACCACGCGCUGGCCCUGUCCAUGAGCUCCGGGUCGCUGUCGAGCUGCGUGACCGCGCACCCCGCGGCGCCCGAGUACGGCGCGGCGGCGGCGCUGGACGGCGGGCGCAAGCGCGGCGGCGCGGCGGGGCAGAAGCAGCCCGUGCACCACCGCAAGUCCAUCGACACGUUCGGGCAGAGGACGUCGCAGUACCGCGGCGUGACCAGGCAUAGGUGGACGGGGAGGUACGAGGCGCACCUGUGGGACAACAGCUGCAAGAAGGAAGGCCAGACCAGGAAGGGCAGGCAGGUCUAUCUCGGCGGGUACGACGUGGAGGAGAAGGCGGCGAGAGCCUACGACCUGGCGGCGCUCAAGUACUGGGGCCCUUCCACGCACAUCAACUUCCCGCUGGAGGACUACCAGGAUGAGCUGGAGGAGAUGAAGAACAUGACGCGGCAGGAGUACGUGGCGCACCUCAGGAGGAAGAGCAGCGGCUUCUCGCGGGGCGCGUCCAUGUACCGGGGAGUCACAAGGCACCACCAGCACGGGCGGUGGCAGGCGCGCAUCGGCCGCGUCUCCGGCAACAAGGACCUCUACCUCGGCACCUUCAGCACGCAGGAGGAGGCCGCGGAGGCGUACGACGUCGCGGCCAUCAAGUUCAGGGGCCUCAACGCCGUCACCAACUUCGACAUCACGCGCUACGACGUCGACAAGAUCAUGGCCAGCAACACGCUGCUGCCGGGCGACCUCGCGCGCCGCAGGAAGGACGACGCCAGCGACGACAACCCGGCGCCCGCCGCCGCAGCCGCCAUCGCCAUCGCCGAACCGGCGGCGCAUCAGCCUGCCGCCGGCGUCAACGACGCCAGCGAGACGUGGAAGCAUGUGGUGGCAUCGGCGGCGCUGGCCGCCGCGCCGCGGGACAACCACCACCACCGCCACCACGACGUGCUGUCCGGCGAGGCCUUCUCCGUGCUGCACGACCUGGUGGCCACCGCCGCGGACGGCGGCGCCGGCCACCACCACCACCACGCCCACAGCGCCGCGCACCACGUGCCCAUGUCCAGCGCGACGUCGUCGCUGGUCACCAGCCUCGGCAACUCCCGCGAGGGCAGCCCCGACCGCGGCGGCGGCCUGUCCAUGCUCUUCUCCAAGCCGCCGCAGGCCGCCAAGCCCAUGAGCCCGCUCAUGCCGCUGGGCUCCUGGGCGUCCGCGACGGCGUCGGCCAGGGCCGCCGUCUCCAUCGCGCACAUGCCCGUGUUCGCCGCCUGGACCGACGCCUGAUCGUACCACUCGAUCCACCGAUUCAUGACAUGGCCAGCGGCCGGCCGGUUCCACCAUGCAUUAUGUGCCACUCCGGCCGACCGACGGACGGCUAGCCACCCACCACGUAACCCGGCCGUUCUAGCUCGGUGCACGUCCGCGCGCUAGCUCUCCACCGGGUUGCGUCGCUGGACUUCUUCACACCACUUAGUUGAUUUUAAUUACGGUUCUUGGGAGGUAGUGAGUUCAUUAGUUAAUUAGCUAAUAGCCAUCGGAGGAGAUUGGUCAGAAGCUAGCUAGGCGAUAUGAUGGAAGGGCAGGAGCGCACGGCGCGCGGCCUCUGCUGUUUCCUUCUUCUCCGGCUCCGUCGUGUGCGGCCCGGACAAGGAGGGGUUUUGUAAAAUGGAGGCCGGCGGAGAUCGGAUCACGUGCGUCUACUCUAAAAUCUAUAUCCAGAACUAAUCCACUACUAAUGUUAAGUCAUAGCCUCUUUGAAUUCUCUUA